AUGCGAUGCCUCAGCGAGCACUGCGAGGUGCGACCGGCUGACCAGCUCCAGACAGGCGCUGCGCUGUGGACACCCUUGCCCUUGCACCACAAAGUGAGCACCUUCUUCAACUCGGAAACCGUUCUGCAGACUGCUGUGCCGCAGCGGCGCACGCUGCGCACAGAAGGGUUUAGCGGAUGGUUCCCGAAUCCGGAUGAAAAGCGCGUGGAGCCGCCAGAGGGCCAGGAGGCAAUGGCCAUCCAAGAGGCAGAGAAGGAGGAGGAGCACGAGGAAGAUCCUAUGUCAAAGGCUUUGGACAGAGCUGGAGACGCCGUGGCUGGGGAUGCUGAGAAGACACUGGAGAAGAUGAAGGAUGAUGUGGCCAACUCGCUCGAGGCAUCCAAAGAUGAUGGUGGUGGCAAUGCUGCCGUGGAAGCUGCAAAGGAGGAGGAAGACACGGGAGAUCCCCCAGACGUGGAUGACGAGCUGCCUGGGCCUUUUUACACUCGAGCCUGGUUUUUGGGCUUAGUGCUCGCGGCCUUCGUGGGGGUGACCUCCUACACUGUUUUGCAGGUCAGGGCUGCCUCGGACUCGAAAGGCUCGGACGAGGACGAACUCGAGCGGACGUACGCGCACGACCCCAGGGCACCAGUUCCUGCGGAUGGCAAGGGUGGAAAGAGCAAAGGGAAGGGUGCCCAGGCAAGUGAGUUCGUCUGCUUGGGAGGACUUACCAUGCAGACUGUUGCGAAUUCAAUUUCGGAGUGCUACAUCGUCGCAGGCCAUGCAUCAGUUUUGGCGCAGCAGCAGGAGCAGAAAGCCUUGCUUCAGCAACGCGCUGCGACUGCGUGUUCUGAAGGCGACGGCACGCCAGCUGCCAAAGGGGGCUCUCGCAGCACUCCUGGCGCACCCUGUGCGCAGUGGCCGCAGGUGCAAAUACCACCACCCAGCGGUCGGCAUCCUGCAGUGCAGCAGCAAAGCAACUUGCUGCAGUUGCCUCCUCUGCUCCCCGGCCAGCAGCCUCCAGUUUCAGCUGCACAGCCUGCCGGCCCGGACGCAGCCUUCCGCAUGAGCACAGCUACAUUACGGGGCUACGGCUGCGGUGGAGAGACAGCACAAACCACACCCAAAUUCAACAAUCAGGAGAAGGGCCGACCGCUGAUGGAGCCACCAAGUGAAGUGGCUUCAGAGGAAAAGCGGGAGGAAGCAGAAAGGUCUGAGACGACGGUGGCGCCCGAGGCAUCACCCGAGGUGCAGGCUGAAGCCAGUGACGCUUCGCCCGAAGCCAAGGGCGACCCCGAGGCGGACAAGGAGUCCAAGGAGCUGGAGCAGACGGAGCAGGAGAGCAGCACAAAGCAUGCUGAAGAGAAGAACUCCUUUGUGGAGGCGGAUGCUUUCUCAAGCACGUUCGAUGACUCUUCGUUGUUGGGUCGUCAGUCUGCCCUUGAAGAGCUUCGAAAGGAGCCCGAGAGUCUCGAAGCACCAAGAGGGCCUGGCCGGACUGGCCGGAGCAGGGCCUUGAGGCGGCCAGAGCGGCCAGUCCGCAGAGGCAAGGCCGGACCGAGACACAGCGAGGCCGAGGCCCUCCCGGAGGAGGUUUUUCCCGCAGAGGAGCGAGCGCCACAGGCUUGGAAGCUGAGGGGCAAGAUGAGCAUGAGGACGAGUGGUGCCCAAACCCAAAGCGGAAGUGGCAAGAGUGCCAAGAGCACGGCUUCCACGGGGCCCACAGCCUGGAAGUGGAGGCCCACGGUGCCACAGUCGGAGAGAUAA